AUAAUAAUAAUGAUAUGUAGGAACAAAAACUGAAUGCAAACAUUAGACUUCAAGCCACAAAGCAGCUAGAGCCCAGCUGCAAGAGACCAGAAGCGCUCAAAAACAAAGAACAGCACGUGCAAGGUGCAAGUUAUGGUACAAUUAUUUACCAGCUACAAUAAUGGUCAUAUAAUCAUUAAACUUGAGUCAAUUACGAAGAUAAAAGUUGCAAAUUGUAUUUGAAGCCGUCUUAUUGUUGCAAAUCAAAAUCAACAGACAGACAACAGAUGCUUCGAAAUAUCAGGAAAAUAUCUUAUAGUAUUUUAGCUUUAGCAACCUUUAUGUGCGUUGUCUGGACAUAUAAAAAAUUGCGGUUUCAAAAUAUCAUCUUCACUAAGUUAAUGAGUGAUGCCCUCAAAAACUCAAAGUCACGGUCAAUCACAGGAGAUGAUACUAACUUGACAAGGAGUUCCCGAGAUACAACUAGCAUUUUUACAUACAAAGAACCGGAAGUCGCAGGUCAGGGUACUUUUGAUGAAGAGAUGACACGCUAUAAAUUACACAUGUCUAGUCAAGGAGUUGUGUGUAAAAAUAUACGUCACUUUGGAGGAGUUUAUAGGAAAGAUAAAAAUCCACCAGAAUUUGAUCCCGACGGAAUGUGGUACCUCUGCCUUGAUCCUGAAGUUAAACUGAAGAGAGGAUCUUGCAUUGUCUACUCCAUCGGAAUUGCCAACGAAUGGUCCUUUGAUGAUAGCAUUGCAAACUAUGGAUGCCAGGUGUUUUCUUUUGAUCCAUCCAUGCAGCAAAAAGACCAUUUUCAUUCGCCAUACGUACAGUUUUUUCGACUUGGCUUGGCACAUGUUGAUUCCGAAGGAAAACCCAGAGAAUUUGGAAAACUUGCAUGGAAAACAAGAACAUUGAAGAGCAUCAUCAAGGAUCUUCGUCAUGAGAAAAAUUUGAUUGACGUUUUAAAGAUGGACAUAGAGUGCGAUGAAUGGCAAUGUCUACCACAAAUGUUGUCUGAAGGAACCUUAAAAAAAUACGUUAAACAAUUGAAUGUAGAAUUUCAUGUUGUGAGUGAUACUGCGUCAGGCAUUCGUCGUUAUUAUGGUAUAGUCAAGUGGCUUGACAGACAAGGGUUCAAAAUUGCCCACAUGCACAAAAACAUGUUCUGUUGGCAAUGUUAUGAAAUAACGUAUAUAAAUACAAAUCUUAUUAAUCUUCCAUUAAGAUAAAUGCCACUUGCUUAUGGACAUGAAUAUUUCCCUGUCAUUUAAUAAUUUUUAUUUAGAGAAGUAAUAUAAUGGUUACAAUGCUUUUA